GCUCGUCCCGCCCUUGCUGCCCUCCAGACUCAGCAGGAGUGACCCGACAGAGCUGCCAUGGCGACCCCGAACGAGCGCAUCGUCUUCGCCGCCAAGCAGGACGCAGUCGACAUGAUCGAGGACAUCCUCAACGGCGACGACAACGCGUACGACCUCAACUUCCAGGACGGCCUGGGCAACACGGCCCUGCACUACGCCGUCUCUGGCCCGUCGCCCGAGGUCCUCACCCUCCUCCUCGACCUCGAGCCCGUCGACGUCGACCUGCAGAACCGCCUCGACCGCGCAACGCCUCUGCACCUCGCCGUCAAGCUCGAGAACGAGGCCGCACGGCAAGGCGUCGUCGACAUGCUUCUCGAGGCCGGAGCCGACCCCAACCUCAAGGACCGCUACGGGCGGAAACCAGCCGAGUACCUGCACCCGGACCGGUCCGAGGCCGACAAGGCGAUCCUGCACGCCAUCCGGGUCGCGCUCGCCGACCGCAUCAUGGGCGGCACUAAGAACAACGCCGACCUCGCAGACGACGAUGAGGACGAGCCGGGCAGCGGCAGCGAGUCGGACUGAGCGGGCGAGCGUAGCGCGAGAGAGCGACGACGCUCGAGCGGGUCGAGCGGGAGGAGCAGAGAGGCCUCGCAGCGACGUGUGCCCUGUAUCGACUACGCAAACAUUGACAACAGCUUUACCG